AUGGCAAAAACAAGGGAAAAAAUCCAACAGGGAAAGCCACAUUCACAGAACGCAGCCAUCCAUACAGAUAAACGGUACAAUCGCUCUAUAAGUCCACUAAGGACAAGUCUUGAACCAGCUUCACCUAUUAUUUGCUCGUGUUAUGAAAUUGUACUGAAAGAGGCUGCAGAUUGGUUCACCAAUAUAUCUCUGAUUUUGAUAUUUCUGUUGGUGACGAUCCCCGGAUAUUGUGCAGCAGCAGUUGUAGAAACAGCAUGUCCAAAUGGUAACACUGACUGCAAAGCUGACAACUCGGAAUGUGAUUUAGCUGAUACGCCAAAGUGUAAAUGUUCAAACGGCUUCAAACAGAACCCUAAAGACGACACCAAGUGCAUUGCAGUUUUAACAGGUGCUUGUUCGACGAAUACAGAUUGCAUUGGAACUGUUACAAAUUCUGAAUGCUCUUCAUCAACAUGUUCCUGUGUAGCAGGUUACAAGGCUGAAAGCAAUUUAUGUAAAAAAGUUUUAACAGGUGCUUGUUCGACGGAUGCUGAUUGCACUGGAACUGUUACAAAUUCUGAAUGCUCUUCAUCAACAUGUUCCUGUGUGGCAGGUUACAAGGCCGAGAGCAAUCUAUGUGCAAAAGUUUUAUCAGGUACUUGCUCGACGAAUGCUGAUUGUUCUGGGACUGUUGCAAAUUCCGAAUGCAUCUCCUCUUCAUGUUCCUGUGUGGCAGGUUACAAGGCAGAGAACAACUUGUGUACCAAAGGUUGGAUGUGUCAUUUUCAUCAGGGAAGACGAACUUCACUCGUAUUCACACCUUGUUUCUUUUAAUAUUAACUGAUUUUAUUAAUAAAUAUGUUUAACUUAUGAAAUUACUCAAUGCAUUACACCAUAUUUAAAAAGGACAAAAGAUGCAAUAAAAUUGUAUAAAAUAGCGAUCAAAUGUUUCCUAAAUUUCUUUUAACAGUAUAGACCCAAAGAGCUAUAAAAAUAAAAUGAUCGGCAACUUGAAAGGCAUAUAGAGCAAAUCUCGCUAACAUCCCGUGACAACUGAAUGGGAUCUCGUUUACCGGAAGCGAUGCGUUCUCCACGCGCCAUUUUGUAUGCACAGUAAAUUAUUCAUUGGCAAAUUAAUUAUCACCGUAUGACUACGCUUUUUUUAUGGUAAUAAAACGUGUAUUUUGUGUCUUAAGAUUAUUUCACAUUAAACUAAGGUUGUUUUAGAAGUUAACAUGUAUUUUAAAUAUAGUUUUAAAGGUACAAAGUGUAACUCCAUGCUCGCCGAUGUUUGUUGUGACUAAGAUAACGCCGAUUCACGCUCUGACACGAGAUCACGCGAGAUUACAGCCAGUUGCCAUUCUGUGUAUUUUAUACUUCUUUGAUAGACC